AUGUGUAGUGAGGUAGCGGCCCACAAUCCUUUAGUCCAACAGUUUACUCUGAGAAAGGGGGCGGCGGUGUGCUGGAUGUUGUUUCAUCGCCUGCGGAAAGACGACGAGCUGUCAGACGGCGACCCGGCGUGUCCGUCACUGACCUUUCUCAUCCGUUUCUGGCGUAAUCAACGGCGUGGACGUAGCAGUAUGGAUGCCAUGGUAACCGCGCCAUCCCAUCAGCUGUGUCCCACCGGCUGUUGCUCUCAACCGAGUCAGAAGUCCUUUGACCUGCCCUCAGAGCAGUACACCGUGCCCCCUCACAGGCAGAGGGUUGCGGUGUGUCCCAGUGGGAGGUAUGGUACAGGUUGUGCCGAGGUGUGUACGUGUACCAACAACAGCACGUGUUACCCCGUGGACGGCUCCUGUCAGUGUUUCCCCGGAUGGAUAGGAGAGGACUGCUCCAGGGCCUGUCCUCAGGGUUGGUGGGGUCCAGACUGUAUCCAUGUGUGUAACUGUCAUAAUGGAGCACAGUGCGGCGCAGCAGAUGGAGAGUGUUACUGCAGUCCAGGCUGGACUGGACUCUACUGUACCCAACGCUGCCCCUCCGGUUUCUACGGCGCUAGUUGUGCAGAGGUGUGUCACUGCCAGAAUGGAGCCGACUGUGACCACAUCACAGGGCAGUGUUCCUGCAGAACCGGCUUCAUCGGAACCAGCUGUGAACUGAAGUGUCCUGCAGGGACGUUUGGUUACGGGUGCCAGCAGCUGUGCGAGUGUAUGAACAACGCCACCUGCGACCACGUGACAGGAACCUGUUACUGCAGCAUCGGCUUCAAAGGCAUCCGCUGUGACCAGGCGGCCCUGAUGAUGGAGGAGCUGAACCCCUACACGAAGAUCAGCCCGGCGCUGGCCACAGAGCGCCAGUCGGUGGCCGCCGUCCUGGGCAUCAUCUUCCUGCUGCUGCUCAUCAUGGCCAUGCUGGGCCUGGUGGUCUGGUUCCAGUACCGGCAGAGGGAGAAGGGCCACCACGUCCCAAACGUCACCUACACCCCGGCUCUACGGAUCAACACCGCCGACUACUCCCUGUCCGGGCUGCAGUGUACUGGUUUGCUCUCCUCUCCAGAAACCUCCCCCAGCAACAACGGCCACUGCUUCUCCAACCCCAGCUACCGCACGCUGGGGCCGUGCACGUACGCCGCCCACUACUCCAAGCCCGACAAGAGGACCCCCGCUAAGAUGAAGACCAAGAGGAGACACAGGAACAGCGCUCCUGAGUGGGGCGCCUACUGCAACCUGAGUGACCUGGGUGUCUACUGUGUGGACAGACGCUACAGCUACAGCUACCAUCUGGAUCCCCAUUACAGAGACUACAUGAAAGGCUCUCUGUCCAGCACCUGCUCUCUAAGCAGCGAGAACCCGUACGCCACCAUCAGCGACCCGCCGGGCCCGGUCUGUAAGCACCCAGAGAGCAGCUACGUGGAGAUGAAGUCUCCGGCUCACCGCGAUCACAUGACCCAGUGCCGCUCCACGGCCAUUGUCAAUACAAGCAGCUCCGCGGCAGUCACCACCAAGAACGUCUACGACAUGGAACCAACCGUCAGUGUCCUCCAGGGGCUUCCCAGUUACCCCCAGAGCCCCUACGACCUGCCCAGAAACAGCCACAUCCCCAGCCACUAUGACCUGCUGCCCAUGCGGCCCAGCCCCUCCCACAGCCAGACCCUCCACGUCGCCCCGCCACCAGGAAGUCCCGCCAGCUCGCUGCUGUAG